GGACAGUUUAGCAUCAUCCAGCGCGGCCGGCGGAUGAUAAGGAUGCAGACUAUGUGACGGGGAGAUCAUGGCGAGAGGAGUGAUUCUUGUUGCUCUGCUGGUGGCUGCUGCGGCGCUGAUGGGCUGUGAAGCCAAAAACUGUGUUUGCAACGGGCGAUCGAGAUGUCAUUGUGCUGGAGUAAAAGGCAGCAAGGGAGACAGGGGUUUUCCAGGAUCUCAGGGUCCACCUGGACCACAGGGCAGACCUGGACCUGAUGGCCAUGCCGGCCCAAAAGGGCUACAGGGGAACAUCGGGCCUGCAGGACCUCCAGGAGCAGCAGGGGAUCCGGGUCCUGAAGGAAAAGACGGAUUUGCUGGCUCUCAUGGUUUCCCGGGUCAGCCAGGAAUACAAGGCCCCCCAGGACUCCCUGGAGCUCCAGGCUGCAAUGGAACUCAUGGAGAUGACGGACCUCGUGGUGCUCCUGGAAAGUAUGGUCUUGAUGGAUUCCCUGGGGAUUCUUGGCCAUCAGAGAUUGCAACACCAGGCCCACCAGGCCCUCCUGGAAAACGGGGAAGAACGGGCCAUGAAGGACCACGAGGGCCACCUGGGCCACCAGGCCGGGUCAAGGACUACUUCUCAGACAGCCUUUUGUUGAAGGGAGUUAAAGGAGAACAAGGCGAUUUCGGCGAAAAAGGCUGCAAAGGCGCCCCAGGAGAGAGCUAUGGUGGUCAAAUAAAAGGUCAAAAGGGCGAGCGAGGAGUCCCAGGUCCAGAGGGAAAGGAAGGAAAGGACGGCGACCUUGGUCAACACGGAUACAGGGGAAGACCAGGGCACAGAGGGGAACCGGGAUAUCAAGGGCCACCAGGAGUGAUGGGGGAGAAGGGUAACCCUGGUAUCCCUGGGCCCCCGGGAGAAAUAUUGGAUGCUUUGACUGAACCACUUAAAGGAUACAAAGGAGAUCCAGGUCGCCCAGGUCCACCCGGUCGACCUGGACCACAAGGUGAAGUGGGGUAUCCGGGGCCUGAUGGACCACCAGGCGAUGGAACUGGCAUUUAUUUGCCAGGCCCCACUGGCUUCCCAGGCCCAAAAGGAGACCCUGGGGAACCGGGUGACGUCUUCUCAGGAAUCAGAGGAUUAGAUGGGGAUCCUGGCGAUCCUGGGCCUCAAGGAGACAUCGGGCCACCAGGACCACCUGAAGACAGGAGUAACAGGGUCACCAAAGGUGUGCCUGGCUUGAAGGGCGUGAGGGGUACCGUUGGCCCGAUGGGGUAUGAUGGAACCUUCGGAGUUAAAGGGGAAAAAGGAGAACCUUGUUAUCAUUGCUCUGGACCAGGUGUACCUGGACUGCCGGGCCCCCCUGGUCCACCUGGCAUCCCUGGACAUAAUGGAGGACCAGGAGGAAAAGGCGAUCGAGGGUAUCCAGGACAGACUGGUCCCCCUGGAACCCCGGGUCAAACUGGAAUUCCAGGAGUUCCAGGUGCACCUGGACCAAAAGGAGACUCCUUUUCAUUUCACACGCCAGGUAUCAAGGGGGUGAAAGGAGACCAAGGCCAGCCUGGUAGACCUGGAUUCCCAGGACUUCCUGGGUCACCUGGUUUAGCAGGUCCAAAAGGUAAUCGAGGUCUACCUGGAGAUGCUUAUUCCCAACCUGGUGCGGUGGGAGACCCAGGAUUUCCAGGUCCCCCUGGGCGCCCAGGCAGUGAGGGUGCCAUUGGUCACCCUGGGCCAGUGGGAUAUGGACCUGUGGGAACGCAAGGACGUAAAGGAGAUUUAGGUGUUCCUGGCUUCCCUGGCAGCCCUGGAGUUCCGGGCCAGAAGGGAGAGCCAGGUCACGUUCAUUCAGUAGGAAUACCAGGACCUAAAGGAUUUCCAGGUUUGCCUGGUUUACCGGGAAGACCAGGCAAUGACGGAGUACCAGGUACCCCAGGCCGGCCAGGUUUUCCAGGUUAUAAGGGAGACAGAGGCGGCACUUCAUCAAUUGGAAGACCUGGACUCCCGGGGGAUAAAGGUGAAAAGGGCCAACCAGGUCAACCGGGACAACCUGGUCGAGGUCCACCUGGACGGCCAGGUCAGCCCGGGCUUCCAGGGCCUCCAGGAUUAAAGGGUGAUGGAGGGGCUGGUGGGGGUGGACCACCAGGACCUGAAGGAAGUCCUGGUGAAGUUGGUGUGCGCGGGCCAGUUGGUGAUGCUGGCAAGCCCGGUCUGCCUGGAACACCAGGAUUUCCCGGGAUAGCUGGUCCACCAGGAGAGAAAGGUUCAAAGGGAUUCAUUGGUCCCCGUGGACUGCCUGGUGAUGAAGGCUCAUGUGAAGGGGCUAUUCCUGGAGCGCCUGGGUUAGCAGGACCUGCAGGAUGUUCUGGACUUCCAGGAGAAAAGGGGCAGCCCGGUGAGAAGGGAAUCCGAGGGCCACCUGGGUUGGGUCAGAUGGGCCCGACUGGCGAAAUCGGUCCCCCAGGGGCCUCACUGAAAGGUGCACGCGGAACCCAUGGACAGAAAGGCCAGAAAGGACAACGUGGGAUUCCUGGCAGAUCAGGGUCGAGAGGAGACCCUGGUCCUGAUGGACUACCAGGAUAUGGCUCAGAGGGCUUGCCUGGGAGUCCUGGACCACCAGGCCCCAGAGGUGACCCUGGCCGAGAUGGGGUCAGUGGUUUGAUUGGAUUGCCAGGAUCAACUGGAGAUCCAGGUCCAAGGGGACCGCCCGGCCCUUACUCAGAAGCACUGGUGAUUGAGGGGCCCCCAGGCGAUGCAGGUACACCAGGCUCCCAUGGUCAUGACGGACCAAUUGGAAACCCUGGAAAUAGUGGGUUAAAGGGAGGUGGAGGGAGAGCAGGAACACCAGGGUUGCCUGGACAUAGAGGCCCACCAGGAGAUCCAUGUUUCGAUGAAUCAGAAGGAACAACAGGUCCUCCUGGGGCUCCAGGGGACCCAGGUUUCAGAGGACAUCCAGGGCAUAAAGGACACAAAGGAGACCCCGGCAGGCCAGGAGACCCCGGUUCACCCGGUUCAUUUGGGCUGCCUGGUCUCAAAGGAGAAAAGGGAGGGCCAAAUUACAGUGGAUAUGGACUUCCUGGACCCCCUGGUCAAAAGGGAGAACCAGGCUCAAGUGACACAAAUGCCAUGAAGGGUGAGAAGGGCCAACCUGGCUAUGGUGGGGGCGCAGGUCCCCCUGGAUAUGAAGGAGCAAAGGGAAACCGAGGACCAGUUGGGCCAAACGGACUACCUGGCUAUGGAGGUCCUAAAGGUUCAAAUGGGCCUCAAGGACCAAAAGGGUACCCAGGACCUCCUGGCCCACCAGGUAACCAAGGCCCAAGCGGUGGCCCUGGUUAUCCAGGUCCCAAAGGAAACCAAGGCAGAGAUGGAAUUCCAGGACCCCCUGGGCAGAAAGGAGACACAUAUGUGACUGGCGGAACACCUGGGGACCGAGGGCCACCAGGUGCACCAGGACCCCAAGGGACUCCCGGUCCUCCAGGCUACAUUAGCAUCGGUAGCCCUGGUCCAACAGGUGAUAAGGGAUCAUACGGCCCACCUGGAGUGGCCGGUCCAAGAGGACCACCUGGUAGGGAAGGUCGAUGCGCUCCUGGGUUAAAAGGAGAUCGUGGCCCACCUGGGAAUCUUGGCAGGCGAGGUAAUCCUGGACCUCCUGGACCACCAGGACCCACUGUUUCUGGACUGAAGGGAAAUGUAGGUGAUCCAGGGCUCCCGGGAAGUCCAGGAUACGAAGGAGCGCGAGGAGAUCCAGGUUUUUCAGGACAACCUGGUGGACGAGGCCAACUUGGAGAUCCAGGACCAGUCGGUGAUACGGGUCCCCCUGGAUUCCAUGGACCCCCUGGGGAGAAAGGAGACCCUGGAUUUGGUUUUGGCUCUCCAGGGAGGCCGGGUAUAAAAGGUUUUCCAGGACCACCAGGGCGGAAAGGUGAACCGACAUAUGGGGAAGUGAUAUAUGAAAAUGGGACUUCCAUUGGUAAUCGAGGACCCACUGGGGUUCGAGGACCCCCUGGUGCAAUUGGAUCACCAGGACCACCAGGCCGACCAGGCUCACCAGGUUUGAAAGGUGUUCAAGGUGGAAGUCCAGGUGGACCUCCAGGAUUCACAGGCCACAAAGGAAACAAAGGAACACCAGGGCUACCAGGUAUACCAGGACGUCCCGGAGCCCCCGGCACUAAAGGCCCUCCAGGCUUGCCUGGUAGAGGAGGUCAUGGUCAUGUCGGCACCUUCUUGAUCGCCCGUCACAGCCAAAGCGUGCACGUUCCUGUCUGCCCUCAGGGCACAAGCCUCCUGUACUCGGGCUAUUCCCUCCUCUUCAUAAACGGGAACGAGAGAGCGCACGGUCAGGACCUCGGAGCCAUGGGGAGCUGCCUGGCCAGAUUUUCCACCAUGCCCUAUCUGUUCUGUGACACGGAAUCCAACUGUCGCUAUGCUUCCCGCAACGACUACUCCUACUGGUUGUCGACCGAGGCGCCCCUGCCUCCCAACAUGGUGUCCAUCUCAGGGGCGGGGUUAGCCAGUUACAUCAGCAGAUGCUCAGUGUGCGAAGCUACCUCAAAUGUCAUUGCGGUCCACAGUCAGACAACUCUGGUUCCAGUAUGCCCGCAAGGAUGGGAGUCACUCUGGGCUGGUUACUCAUUUGUCAUGCAAACGGGAGCUGGAGCAGAGGGAUCAGCCCAGCCUCUCAUUUCUCCAGGUUCUUGUCUUGAACAUUUCCGUCAAGUCCCUUUCAUCGAGUGCCACGGCAGGGGAACGUGUAACUAUUACCCCGACUCCUACAGUUACUGGCUGGCGUCUGUCAACCCCAUAAUGUUCAGCAAACCAACUCCUCAGACGGUGAAGGGGCCUUCUCUUCGGAGCAUCAUUAGUCGGUGUAGAGUCUGCAGGAAAACCUGGCAGUCAGAUACAGACGACAAUCGCGGAGACAACUGAAGGGAAAAUAGGCAUUUUUAGGUAUCAAACGUAAGUUCCAGACCCUGCACUGAGACUUCCCUACACAGAGUAUUCAUGUCCAUACUAGUACAAGCACUAUUGAAAUGUGAUUCACUUCUUGCAGCGAAUCACAUGAAGCAAGUCAAGUAGCACAAAAAUGUUGAAACUAAAAUGAGUAUUUGAUCACUAGUUAAAGAGUUGACUGCAGCCAGCGCCAAAUGAAAUGUGACAAUAAACAAUUGUGAUAUGCUAACUAAUAUGUUUGAAGGCUAAGUGAGGAUACCUGUGUUGCCACCUAGCAAUGUGUGUCACUGUCAUGUUGCCCUUUCAUUUUUAUAGAGUCAACUUUCCAUUCACGUACCAGUCACGUCAGUGUGACCCGUUGUAAAUGACGUGACAUGUUCCUCUAUGACUCGCUUGAGAAUGAAAAAAAAACACAGCAGGCUUCCCGCUCAUUCUUUAGUUGUCAUGCUUCGCAUCCUAGAAGUGACUCACUUGUCGACGCUACAUUGUUUCCAGCGACUACCAAUUGUUAAAUUGAGUGUGAAAAUAUUUCCA